GACGCCGCCCUGCGUGCGCGCGCCCGGCCCGCCGACCGGUUCUUAUAGCGCCGCGGGCGGCGGUUGCGGCGGGGACGGUGGCGACAUGGCGGCCGCGCUGGUGGUGGUGCUGGGGCUCGUGAUGCUGGGCGCCGGGGGUGAUUCCGGGGCAGAGAGCAGGAUCAGGCCGGGGCAGGAGGAGCUCGGCUCCAAGACCCGGCUCAGCUGCACGCUGAACGACAGCGCCGCCGAGGUCAUCGGCCACCGCUGGGUGAAGGCGGGCAAGGUGCUCAAGGAGGACGCGCUGCCUGGCCAGAGCAUGGAGUAUGAGGUGGCCAUGGACGAGGAGGACUCCUCGGGGGAGUACGUGUGCAUCUUCCUCCCGGAGCACGUGGGCAGGAGGAGCAUCACAGUGAAGGGGCGGCCGCACAUUAAGGCCGUGAAGAAGUCGGAGCAUGCCACCGAGGGGGAGUCUGUCGUGCUGACCUGCAAGUCGACCUCGUUCCCGCCGGUCACCGACUGGUUCUGGUACAAGAUCAGCGAGUCUGCGGACCAGGUCAUCACCAACACCUCCCAGGGCAAGUUCUUGGUGACAUCCUCGGAGUCCAAGACCGAGCUGCGCAUCUCGAAGCUGGACCUGACCACGGACCCCGGCCAGUACGUCUGCAAUGGCACCAGCACGGCUGGCAGCGGCCAGGCCGUCAUCUCGCUGCGCGUGCGCAACCGCUUCGCCGCCCUCUGGCCCUUCCUGGGCAUCGUGGCCGAGGUCCUCGUGUUGGUCACCAUCAUCUUUGUCUACGAGAAGCGGCGGAAGCCGGACGAGAUCCUGGACGACGAGGAUGCAGGCUCCACUCCACUGAAGAGCAGCGGGCACCACGUGAACGACAAGGACAAGAAUGUGCGCCAGAGGAACGCCAGCUGAGGCGGCGGUGGCUGAUGAGGAGUCUGCAUAGGCCUGCCCAGCCCUGGGAGCCCGCACCCCGCGCCCCUUGCUCCGAAAGGAGACCCACCCGGAUCCAGACCAGUCUCUCUCCUUUAUAAAGAACUAAAGUAGGGCUUCCUGCGUGUAGGAUUCUGUCCCCCGGGCUUGUGUUUUUCCUACAUCACCAUUUCCGAGAGCCCCGAGAGAGGCCGCGUCCCUCUCCCCUGCCCCUCGUGUCCCCCGUGUCCCCUCGUGUCCCCCGGGUCCCUUGCACAGGCCAGGCGGAGGGCAGGCGGCCUUCCCCAGGCUCCUGCCGCGUCCACCUCACGAGGUGUGUGGGCCGGCGCCCGGUCCCUGCCCUUUGCGGAAGGUCACAGGUCGUGCAGUGCGAGCUUCCUGCCGUCUGAAGCCGGCGCUGUCGGUCCUGGUCUGUGUCAUGCCUGGGACGGCUCUGACGGCGGGCUGCCGGCCCCUCGGGUGCCCCCUCACUCCUCCCACCCCCUGGGGUGGAGUCAGCUCUUGGGCCCCCUCUCCAGCAGCGAGGCUCCUCCCACAGCGCCCUGACCACCAAUAAAGGCCAACCGCGUCCUCUUCGA